GAUGUUUCCUGCCCCCUCCCCAGCUGUCACUCCUGCAGAUGGCUGCUCUUCGCAGGCUGCUCCGUGCCCUCCGUGCCCAUCACCAUCAACCAUGCCCCCCAGCAUACAGCAGGCUCAUCUCGGGGGGCUCUCCCUCCUCUACCCGCUCCUCCGUGCUGUUGCUGGUCUCCGGGGCAGCCGGGGCAGGGCUGGCAUUGACUUGUUAUGCCAUAUAUCGUGACGGCCGAGUUCAGAACUGGGGAGAGCGACUAUAUCGCGAAAUGGGCCUGAAGCCAGGCGAAGGGAUGACAGGUUGGAAAGGAGCUGGCAUCCUGGUGCCCGUCAGUGCUGCCAAGGAGACGAGCUCAGCAGAGAACCCAGACUAUGAGGAUUUGGACAUGUUUGCCAGCUCCCGAGAGCAGAGGUUUCGUGUAUUUGCAUCUUUAGAAUUUGAAGGGCAACUUUACAUGACGCCAAGGGAUUUCUUAGACUCUGUCACUACAGAUGAACCGAGGAACUCUAAGAAGUGGAGAUCGAUAUCACGACAAGAUCUGAAUCAGUUGCUGAUAGACACCCCUCCAGUAUGGAAAGGCUCAUCCAGAUUUUUUAGAACUCUUGAAGAUAAAGGCAUGAUAUCCUACACAGAGUAUCUCUUCUUGCUCUGCAUAUUAACAAAACCUCAUGCCGGAUUCAAGAUUGCCUUCAACAUGUUUGACACCGAUGGGAAUCAAAUGGUGGACAGAGAGGAGUUCUUGGUGCUGCAGGAAAUAUUCCGAAGGAAAAAUGAAAAGAAAGAACGGAAAGGAGAAGAGGAAAAGUGUGCACAACUGCGUCUACAACUUUAUGGAUACCUUGCAACAACUAACGGUGCACUUAAAACAGAUGCACAAGAUAUCUCUAGAAGCUAUUGGGAUACUGUGAGACGUGGCACAAGCCAAGCCCUCUUUUCGGACCUUGCAGAGGGCGCAGAUGAGCUUACCAGUUCCAUGAUACAUACUACACUGCUUGUGCACUUUUUUGGGAAGAAAGGGAAAAUUGAACUUAACUUUGAAGAAUUUUAUAGGUUUAUGGAUAACCUGCAGACUGAGGUACUUGAAAUUGAGUUCCUUUCCUAUUCUAAAGGCAUGAAUACAAUAAGCGAAGAGGAUUUUGCCCACAUUCUCUUACGAUACACAAAUGUUGAAAACACAUCCAGCUACCUGGAGAACGUGCGUGUAAGGCUUCCAGAGGAAAAGGGAAUCUCCUUUGAUGAAUUUAGGUCUUUCUUCCAGUUUUUGAACAAUUUGGAAGAUUUUGCCAUUGCAAUGCAAAUGUAUAACUUUGCCAGUCGAUCAAUUGGUCAAGAUGAGUUCAAGCGUGCCGUAUAUGUAGCUACAGGCCUGAAGUUGUCUCCACAUUUAGUGAACACUGUGUUCAAGAUCUUUGAUGUUGACAGAGACGAUCAAUUAAGUUAUAAAGAAUUUAUUGGUAUUAUGAAAGACCGGCUACUCCGAGGGUUCAGGGGCUACAAAACUGUCCAGAAAUACACCACAUUCAAAUCCUGUCUGAAGAGACAGCUCAAUAACAGAUAAGAUAAACCAAAGCAUGGCCUGGAGGACUACUACACGUGUGUGACCUCAGUCACAAGGAAACACUUCAGAGAGCUAUUCCGAACCUACCGCAGCAGGGAUAUAUUAAGAUAAAAAGCCGCUGUUACAUUUUCAUGACAUUGUUUCGGCUCACAUUUAUGAUCUUUGCACUGAUGAUUAUAUUUAUUUGAGAUUGUCACAAAAAAAGCAUGUUUUUAUUUUGAUCUAUUUUAUAUCUAUUUAUAUUAAGUUAAAAGUUGAUCUACACACAAAUUUAGUAUCAAGAAUAUUUAUAUGCUCUGUAUGCUACAAGUUACAUAGGGAUGGCACUACUGAGGUAUAAAAAGUAAAGCAGAAAACAAGUGUCAUAAUAGAUCACUACCAGAAGAUGAGAUAUGUGCCUUUGCUGGAAUAGCUGCUCUACUUUUUGCCUAGUUUUAUGCACAAGAUUCUUGGUAUAUGAUGAUUUACCUGGUGGCUGGGGUGGGUUGUAUAUAGAACAUUGUGUAAGCUCUGAGCCCCCCAUGUGUGCAGUACUUAUAGUCAGAUAUACACUGCUCAAAAAAAAUAAAUGGAACACUAAAAUAACACAUCCUAGAUCUGAAAGUAUGGAAUACUUUCGUCUUUACAUAGUUGAAUGUGCUGACAAGAAAAUCACUCAAAAAUCAUCAAUGGAAAUCAAAUUUAUCAACCCAUGGAGGUCUGGAUAUGGAGUCACACUCAAAAUCAAAGUGGAAAACCACACUACAGGCUGAUCCAACUUUGAUGUAAUAUCCUUAAAACAAGUCAAAAUGAGACUCAGUAGUGUGUGUGGCCUCCACGUGCCUGUAUGACUUCCUUACAACGCCUGGGCAUGCUCCUGAUGAGGUGGCGGAUGGUCUCCUGAGGGAUGUCCAUUACUGACCCACCGCCAAACCGGUCAUGCUGGAGGAUGUUGCAGGCAGCAGAUCAUUCUCCAUGGCGUCUCCAGACUCUGUGACCUCUGUCACAUGUGCUCAGUGUGAACCUGCUUUUAUCUGUGAACAGCACAGGGCACCAGUAGCGAAUUUGCCAAUCUUGGUGUUCUCUUGCAAAUGCCAAACGUCCUGCACGUUGUUGGGAUGUAAGCAAAACCCCCACCUGUGGACUUCGGGCCCUCAUACCACCCUCCUGGAGUUUGUUUACGACCGUGUGAGUGGACACAUGCAUAUUUGUGGCCUGCUAGAGGUCAUUUUGCAGGGCUCUGGCAGUGCUCCUCCUUGCACAAAGGCGGAGGUAGUGGUCCUGCUGCUGGGUUGUUACACUCCUACGGCCUCCUCCACAUCUUCUGAUGUACUGGCCUGUUUCCUGGUAGCCCCUACAUGCUCUGGACACUAUGCUGACAGACACAGCAAACCUUCUUGCCACAGCUCACAUUGAUAUGCCUUCCUGGAUGAGCUGCACUACCUGAGCCACUUGUGUGGGUUGUAGACACCGUCUUAUGCUACCACUAGAGUGAAAGCACCGCCAGCAUUCAAAAGUGACCAAAACAUCAGCCAGGAAGCAUAGGAACUGAGAAGUGGUCUGUGGUCAUCACCUGCAGAACCACUCC